AUGCCGCAACUUCUCUUUGAUACAGAUUUGGCCUACAAAGUCAGAAAGAAAAAGUCGAACUCCCAUGCUACCAACGCAGGUAGCGAGCUCGCUGAGCGCCCAAUGGCCCUGUCUCCAUCUGCACUAGUUAUCAGCGGUAUCUCAGCGACUUGCAAAUCGACCAUUCUCCGCGCUGUCCUGUCCACCCUCGAAGUACAACAUGCAUUUGUCCGCAGCUCGGAAUGUAUCACAGGGCGACAUCUCCUGACGAAAAUUUUGUGGAAUACUCUUGAGGCAGUGGGUCAGAAGGAAGAAUGGGAGAAAGCUGGGAAAGGACGAUGUGAACAUGUCAGUGGAUUGGCUGUUCUCCUUGAGGAGUGUCUCGGUACAUGGUCUUCAAAUGCCCGCAAAUUUGUCUUGGUAUUGGACGAGAUUGAUAGACAGAGGGAGGCACCACCUACGCUGUUAUCGGCACUGGCACGACUAGGCGAGAUUAUCCCGUCUAUUUGUGUCGUUAUGGUUCUCAGCUCGACACCUCGCCCAUUGUUCCUCCAAAGUGCGGGUGUUCCGCAUAUUAACUUCCCUCCAUAUACGCGCAGAGAAGCGAUUGAAAUUAUUCUCAAUUCGAAUGCGCCGGCUGUGGAGGGUUUGUCCGAUGAAACUAUCGCGAAAAUAUACCCGUACUUCGUUUCUACAGUUUACGACUCGCUGGUUGGACCAACAGCAGGGUCUAUUCCGAGCUUCCGCUCAAUAGUCGAGAGACUAUGGCCGCGGUUUGUUGCGCCCGUUGUGAACGGCGAGGCAGCACCGAGCGAAACCAGCGAAUGGGAUUUCUCACGGUUGCUGGUUAAGAACAGGUCGAUCUUCCGACACCAAGGCGAGUCUGCACUGGUGCACCGUAUUGUCUCUGACGAGGCAACUGCCAGCACGCCAAGCGCCCCAUUGGCGAAAUCAAGCAUGCCCUCUGCUCUCCCUUCUUUACCUUAUUUCUCAACCUUGAUUCUCACAUCUGCAUACCUGGCCUCGCACACGCCGCAACGGCUGGAUACGAUUUUCUUCUCGAAGUUCUCUUCGUCUUCUCUCUCAGCGCGUAACAAGCGAGCCCACCACCGUCGCCGUCUGAAGGUGCUUUCACAAGCUCAGGCCGAAGAACGACAAGCUGCGAAUGAUGGCCCUUCAACCUCCAGGCGAGGCAAGGGAAAGCGAACUAAAACUCGCAUCACGAAGUCUACUCUUUCUUCCGCCUUUGCAACUUCCUCGGCUACCACUUCCGCUGUCGGAGGUGGCGCUGGAAUCACUGGUCCUUCUACUAUUCUCACAGCCCGCUCGUUCCCCUUGGAACGUCUUUUGGCUAUCUACCAUGCUAUCGAUCCAAAUCCACCUGCAACUGCGGUGAGGGUUGCAGCUGUCGCAGAUCGAAUCUAUGCUGAGUUAGCGACAUUGCGCCGGUUGCGCCUAGUCGUUCCUGCUGCUAGCCAUAAUGGUAUGGCGAGUAGCAGUGGGAAUACCAGUGCUGACGCGGGAGAUAAGUGGUGCGUUAACGUUUCUGGAGACUGGGUCGGUGAGCUGGCGAAGGGGAUUGGAGUCGAGGUUGGCGAGUGGUUGGCUGGUGGUUUGGAUUAA